AUGGUUCGACCGCGCCCUCAGCAAGCUAGGGUUGGUGCGAUGUGCAAGCACACUGCGCAAUUCGGAUUUGCCAUGCUGUUGCUGGUGCUGGUAGUCGUUGCACGCGUGUGUGGGGAGGUGGUGAUGGAAGAGGACGAGUAUGGCGCGCUGCACAUCAACACCAGCGACCCCAGGGCCGCACCCGUCUUUGUGAAUGGCGUGGAUGUCGGGCAGAUGUUUCAGCUUGUGCAGAGGCAGCAAAUGGUGAUUGAAGAGCUGCGAGCUACCACAUGUCUCUUGCGCACGCCGCAAGCCGACAGCACCAGUAUCAGCGGGUAUCCCACUGCUGUCUCAAAGUGGAAGUGGAUUGGCGGCGUGCAGGCUUCUAACGGCCUCAUCUUUGGCAUUCCCUAUAACUCUCCGUCUGUUCUCAUUAUCAACCCGACCACCAACAGCGUUGACACAACUACCAUCAACGGGCUUGGGACCGGUACCAAAUGGGGAGGCGGCGUGUUGGCACCGAAUGGUCUCAUUUACGGCUUCCCCAGCACAGCUGAUGCUGUUCUCAUCAUCAGACCAGACUCCAAGACAGCAGAUACGACUACAAUCGCCGGUCUAGGCAGCAACAGCGGGAAGUGGUUUAGUGGUGUCCUUGCCAGCAAUGGCCUUAUCUACGGCAUCCCAGGCUCCUCCCCUUCCGUACUCAUCAUCGAUCCCGACACAAAUACGGCCGACACCUCGUCUAUUGGUGGUUUUGCGGGAGGCGCGGACAAGUGGUACGGGGGCGUGCAGGCAAGCAAUGGCCUCAUCUAUUGCAUGCCAAGUCAUUCGCCCUCGGUCCUCAUCAUUGACCCUGCCACAAACACAGCUGAUACUACUUCCAUAACUGAUGUCGGUAAUGGCUAUCACAAGUGGUACGGUGGUGUUCUCGCUCCCAACGGCCUCAUUUACGGCAUUCCCCGUCAUGCCACCUCCGUCCUCAUCAUCAACCCGGCCAGCAAUACUGCUGAUACCACAACUAUCACGGGCCUGGGCGGUGUCGAUAAGUGGAUUGGCGGCUUUCUUGCAGCAAAUGGCAAGAUCGUUGGCAUCCCACACUCAUCCACAUCCGUGCUCAUUAUCAAUCCCGCCACUAGAAUUGGCGGCUUGUCUGAUGCAACUGGUAAGUGGUACGAUGGUGUCAUGGCCACCAAUGGUCUCAUCUACGGCAUUCCGUACCAUGCGGACAGCGUCCUCGUCAUCGACCCAGGAUGUUAA